AUGGCCCGCACCAAGCAAACCGCCCGCAAAUCUACUGGAGGCAAAGCGCCCCGUAAGCAACUAGCUGCGAAGUCAGCCCGCAAGACCGCCACCGCUAAUGCCACUGGUGGUGUCAAGAAGCCCCAUCGCUUCAGACCAGGAACAGUAGCCCUUCGUGAAAUCAGGCGGUACCAGAAGUCCACUGAGCUCCUCAUCCGCAAGCUGCCCUUCCAGCGCCUCGUCCGUGAAAUUGCUCAGGAUUUCAAGACUGAUCUUCGUUUCCAAUCAUCCGCCGUCAUGGCCCUCCAAGAAGCUGCCGAGGCGUAUCUUGUGUCGCUGUUUGAAGACACCAACCUUGCCGCCAUCCACGCUAAGCGUGUAACCAUUCAACCCAAGGAUCUUGCUUUGGCCCGACGCCUUAGAGGCGAGAGGUCUUGA